GUAUAGCGCAACAAUAUGGUCGAAGCUAUACGUAAAAGAAAAAUCACGAAUGUGUCUCCGUCUGCCACGUGAAACGAGUUCGUAAUAAUUUUUCGUAACGAGUGUAUGGAAUUUUUCUUUUUGAAAUUAUCUAUAGUCUUGAGCGACCGCUGCCGCACAUCGAUAAGCCAAAGCCUAUCUGUUUCGAAUGUUGUUUACUGAUUUCUCGUACUUUUUCGUUUUCUUUUUUUCUGUCUUUCUAUCUAUCCGUCUCUCUUUCUUACGUAUUUUUUUUCCACUCUUACUUAAUAACCAAUUGAAUAGGUACAUACGUAUAACCUGAAUGUCAUUCGUUUUAUAUCUUGCAAAGUUUUGAUUCAACAGUUAGAGUUGCUAGAUUUUUGAUCUCGCGUGUAAUUUUCGUUUUCAUAACGUUGUUGAACUUUUCGCUGGCAUCGGUUCUUGGUUCUUGCGCGAGCAACCAUGUCGCUUAAAUCGAUUCAGAUUACGUCUAGAGUGUUUGAGGGUCAAAAACCUGGAACCAGCGGUUUGCGGAAAGCGGUAAAAGUGUUCCAGCAACAACAUUAUACCGAGAAUUUCGUUCAGUGCAUUCUAUCCGCUGUGGGUGAUAGGUUAGCCGGAUGUACGUUGGUAGUUGGCGGCGAUGGUCGCUACUACAGUGCCGAAGCCGUCGACAUCAUCAUUAAGAUAGCCGCCGCAAAUAAAGUGGCAAAAUUGAUAAUCGGGCAGAAUGGUAUUUUAUCGACUCCGGCUGUAUCUUGCAUUAUUCGAAAAUACCAGGUUAUCGGCGGAAUCAUAUUGACAGCGAGCCAUAACCCCGGUGGCCCCGACAAUGACUUCGGCAUCAAGUAUAACAUCGAAAAUGGAGGACCCGCACCGGAAAACAUCACCGACAAAAUUUACGAACUGACGAAAACGAUUCAGACUUAUUCCAUCGUGCCGGAUUUGAAAUGUUCGAUAGAAAAACUCGGUACCUACGUAUAUAAAGUAGAUGAUUCUGAUUUUACCGUACAAAUUAUCGAUUCGGUGAACGAUUACUUGGAAUUGAUGAAAACUGUUUUCGAUUUCCCCAAGUUGCGAACUCUGCUUAAUAAUUCGCCGACGAACAAAAACUCGUUUCGAGUGCUGAUUAAUUCCAUGCACGGAGUAACUGGUCCUUAUGUGAAACGAAUUUUUCUCGAUGAAUUGCAAACUGACGAAAAAUCGAUCGUAAACGCGAUACCUUUACCCGAUUUCGGCGGCGGUCAUCCCGAUCCUAAUCUUACUUACGCGGCAGAGUUGGUCCAAUCGUUGCAAAAUGGUGACUACGAUUUUGGAGCAGCUUUCGACGGCGAUGGGGAUAGAAACAUGAUUUUAGGAAAGAAAGCUUUUUUCGUUACGCCUAGCGACUCGUUGGCCAUUUUAGCCAGUCAUUUGGAUUGUAUUCCUUAUUUCCGUCAAACUGGUGUGAAAGGUUUAGCUCGAAGUAUGCCUACUGGAGCCGGUGUUGACAGAGUUGCAAAAGAAUUGAACGUCGAGGUUUUCGAGGUGCCCACUGGCUGGAAAUAUUUUGGCAACUUGAUGGAUGCUGGACGUUUGUCACUAUGCGGAGAAGAAAGUUUUGGGACUGGAUCGGAUCAUAUCAGAGAAAAAGACGGUAUUUGGGCAGUAUUAGCUUGGCUUUCUGUAAUCGAAUCGAGCGGAAAAUCGGUUGAAAAAAUUUGUCACGAACAUUGGGCCAAGUUCGGCAGAAAUUAUUAUUCUAGGUACGAUUAUGAAAAUUGCGACGCUGAUUCGUCGAAAAAAAUGAUGCAAGAUUUAACAGCUAAAAUCACCCAGCCUUCAUUCGUCGGUGAAACUUUCGUCUCCGGAGAUAAAAAAUUUGUCGUUGCGAAAGCCGACGAUUACGAAUAUGUUGAUCCGAUUGAUCACAGUGUUUCAAAAAAUCAGGGUCUUCGAAUCAUUUUUACGAAUGGAUCGCGAUUAAUAUUUAGAUUAUCCGGUACCGGAAGCAGUGGUGCUACAAUAAGACUGUACAUCGAAAGUUACGAACCUGCUGAUGGGCAGAUUGAUUUAGACGCACAAGUAGCAUUAAAACCGCUAAUCGAGGUUGGUUUGCAGAUAUCUCAGUUGUCAUCGUAUACUGGUCGUCAGCAACCUACGGUCAUCACUUAACUCGAACUGAUAAUAUCACCUUUACUUUUAUCAUUUUCCCCCAAAUAAAUUAUAUUGUAUUAUUUUUAAGAAAAAUUUCUUCCAAAAAUGAAUUAACUUUUUAUUCGCGCGGAAUAUUCCUGUUUUUAAUUGUUGGCGUCCACCGUGCUAUAUUCUCAUUUUGUCCUUCGAGUGGUUUCGUACCUACAUUUCAAAUUAAUCACGUUAAAUAAUUUUUCGGUUGAGGUAAAUGCCAAAAGAAAACAAAAAAAACCUGGUCUAGACCUAUGUAUUGCCUAUACAAAAUGAAAAUGAGUUUUCUGUCAUCGUAUGUUACAUAAAUCAUGGAACUCGCUUCAAAUCCAGCAAUAGCCUCACGCUCGUUCAUAUCGUCUCCGAACUACCUACAUAAGUGUUGGUAAUAGGUUCAAUCUACCUACCUGUACUUAAUUAUAAAUGAGGAAUCCUCAGCGUGGUUAAUGAAUGUGUUUAAACGCUAGUUUCUGCUGAAUUAAAUCGCUAAUUCAUUUUUCGAAUGAUUUCAAAACUAUUCGAAAUAAGUACCUACUAUGUAAGUAAGAUAGUCUAAUACGCUCGUAUGGAAUGCAUGUUUAUAUUGUCAUUCUUGAGGGUGACGUAAGUACGGUUUUGUUAAUUUUUAGAAGUUUGUAUAUUUUUUUGCGACAUAUUUCGCGAAAAUUUUGUCAAGAAACCAGUCGAUACUGCCAUGUAGCUCGGAGUCAACUGUUUUUCGUCCUGAAAAAAUGUGUUUGACUCGUUGUUUUGUAUGUUGUUUUUUUAAGUAUUUUUAUUGUAAACUUAAUAGUUUUAUAAUAAUUAUUUAUUCGUUUUGUAAUAUGGGUUUCCAGUUUUCGAAAUUGUGAAGGAGGGUUAUUCGAGUUGUGGAAAAAAAUUCAAUCUAGCUCGAAGUCUGAUUGCUAUUUUGUACCUAAUUUAUUUAAGAAAAUAAGACUCCGCUCAACUGCAGUCGUUGUUAUAGGUUUAAUUGCCAAAUUCUUGGUUCUUUUUUAAAAUGUUCUUGUUAUCAUUUUUAAAUUUUAACCCGAGUAAUAAUGUAGGUAUUAAAUUACGUCUAUGGUCGUUGUUUAUUAUUAGGUAUAAUUAAAUUAGGGUUGUUCGAGUACUCGGUUCAGUUGAAAAAACCCGAUAAACGAACUGGUCAGUCAAUGGUUAGUAAAUAAAUUUCGUUUGAGUGAUGAAUUUUGAGGGCAAAAAUGCAAUUUUAGUUACAUAAGUGACGCUGAAUUUUUAUGUGAUUGAAGAACCAGCUCGUGUCCGGGUAUUCGAACAACGCUGAUUACACCGACCAUUCAUCUUAUUGUUAGCUGCGUAAAAUUAUUGGUACGAAUUAUUUUACUUACUUACUACAUGUAGGUAUUCAUGAAGUUACCUUAACUUGUAAGUAAAUGUUGUGUAAGGUACAUAUUAUUACAACAAUUGUUUAGGUAGGUUACUACUUACAUUAUCAUAAAAAGUAUCUGUUCCAUUGGUUACUUGAAACGAUUUUUACCUAAAGAAAUAUAAGAAUAAUUCUUUGUUA